UGUCGUCCAUCAUCACGGCAGAAGACUAUGAAGACCUGGGAAACCAUUCGACGGAGGCCAUGGGGGAGACGGGCCUCUUCUCCGUCGCUCAGUCCUUGGUCAUGAUGAAGGGACUACUUGACCGGUGUCUCAACCGUGAGAGUACCUUGGACCGGGUGCGCGCGAAGGCGCAGCAGACGGAGGAAGAGCUAGGACAACUUCAGAGAUGGAGGUCCAAGAUGGAGAAGAAGCUGGAGCUUUCUGAGCAGGCGAGGAAGGAGCUGGAGGAGAAGACGGCCACUUCGCUGACGGUCAUAGAGAAUAAAGAGGCUGAGAUCAAACAACUCAAAGAAGAUCUCCGUCAGGCUAAAGUGGCAGCCGUCGAGGAAUACCGAUGCUCGGAGUCCUGUUUGAGCGAGCUGUCGGACUCCUUCCUCCAAGGCUUCGAUGAUUCCCUCCGUCAAGUCAAGAAGGCUUAUCCAGAGCUGGACUUGACAAUGGUCAAACUUGAGGACCAAGCCCAGACUUCUGCCCUCCCCGUCGCCUCCGAAAACACGGAGGACCUUUUUGGCGACGGUGCUGCUCAAGGAGACGGAGAGUCCGCCCCGUCGAAGGAUGUCCCAGUUGCUGAAGAAAAGAAAGAUUGAUGCCUAUGUACUUUAUUUUGUGAACAAUCCGUCCCUCUUUUUUAUU